AUGAUUUAUAUUGGGCGCCAUAAUUUUGAAGACCAGCAAGCCAUUACACAAUUCUUUGAGGCAACAAUAAAAACAAUUAAUGGUGGAUACUGUGAUGAGCCUCUUACUGGAUUGUUUUUGUGGUACAAUGACUACUUCAUCCAUGUUCUUGAGGGAUCAGAAGAAACACUCAACAGACAUCUGAAGUUUUUGCUGAAACAGAUAGAGGCCAGUGUAAUUGCAAUCAGUGCUAUGAAGAUUCUUCUCAUGUAUCAUCAUAUUAAACAGCGAUUCUUUCAACAAUGGAUUGCAAGGCCAGUGAAUGCUCAUUUUUUACCUGAGUGUAUUUCACUGGAUUGUGAUAGGGACAAAACAGCCCAAUUACUACAGACAUGCGUUGGGAAACUUUAUCAGCUUGCCGAAUUACUCCAAAAGCAGACUGUGUGUGGACUGCAACUCAUCUUAGAUCAUUUGUCUGAACGUGUUCCACAUUUAUUACCAGAAAUGGAACUUAUGGAAUUUCUGCUCUCUGUCUCUUGGCUUCAUGAUCCUCAAUAUCUCAUCUCUCAUUAUGCAACCUUACCAUGUACUGUUCCUGAUACAGCCUUUUCAAAGGAUGAGUGCAUUACAACAAAUUAUUUAUGCAAAACUGUUGAGGCUUUCCUGGUUACUUGUUGA